GACAAAUAACUACAUAGACGCGUGGCUGAAACCGCCAUAAGUUCUUGAGUCGGUAGAGCGCGCGAACGCGUUUAAAAAAAUAACGUUCGAAUUUCAAAUCGUGUUUUCAUUUGUUUUAAAUUAUAAUCUGUUGAGUGGUACGUGAUUUAAACUUCGAAGAUGGAGAGCUGCGGGAUGAAUUGCAUAAAAUACCUUCUGGUUGUUUUUAACGGUUUGUUUAUGAUCUUCGGCAUAGUGAUCAUAGCAGCAGCAUGCGUGGACCUGGGCAUGAUCAAGGGGUUUGCUGGCAUGGAGACAACGGGGCAUGAGACUGACAUCGUCCUCAUUGUGGUUGGCGUGCUGAUCCUUCUUGUUGCUGCCUUCGGAUGCUUCGGCGCUUGGAAGGAGAGCCCGAAACUGCUUUACAUCUUCGCCGGUUGUCUCAUCUUAAUCAUUCUACUGGAGCUUUCUGUGGGCAUCGCCGCAGCAGCUUUACGGCCACAACUCGAAGGCACCAUGAAGACCCAGCUCCGAGCAUCUUUCAUCAAGAACAAGUCAAGCCGUGAGGAGGACUCCACUUACAAGGAGUUCUGGGAUAACAUCCAAACCAAAUUGGAAUGCUGUGGUGUGACCGGCCCUGACAACUACAUCGCUUCCGAGCCUCGCCUCAACCCCGCCUACAGCUGCUGCCCUCCCGACGACUCAGAUCACUCCAUGGAAACCAAGCGCUCUGACUGCAUCUCCCUCACCAAGUAUUACCAAGAAGGUUGCGAGGAUAAAGUACUCGGCACAGUUCAUAGUGCUGGCAUGACUAUUAUUGUCUGUGGCAUCCUCUUCUGCUUUUUGGAGGUUGCUGGCAUCGUUCUUGCUCUGUGGUUGGCCCAUACCAUCAAAACACAGGACAAGGGAAGAGAAACUGCUUAAUCUGAAAAAGCGCUUUAAAAAGUUAAUAAAAAACCGCUACAGUACUACCAUUUUUAUAAGUUAUAAUGAUAUACCUGCGCAGAAGUAGUCGAUUUUUAGUCUUAUUUUUAAAUGUCACGAAAAUAUCUCAGCCAAUCAUAGCGCGCGUCCGUUCGCUAUUGGUUGUUGCCUACGCGCCAUGUUUUGUACGCGUGAAACAUGAACGAGAUGGCACAAGUCUCUAUUGUUCUUGCGUUUAAAAUCUUAAUGUCAAGCAAUAAGGUCUAUAUUUUAUUGAGUCUACAUUCGUUUUUAGCCGAUACAACUUAUAAGAGUGGUAGUAAUGUACUAUAUUAUUAAGGAGCACCGUUUUAAGAGAUUUAUUUUUACACAAAACUGUAAAUUGAACGGUACCUACCUUCUACGUAAAAUAUACUUAGUAUCAAUAGAUUUGUAGUUAUUAUUAUUUAUUUUAGAAUAGAAGUAGUUGUUGUUGAACUAAGUGAUUACUACUCAAUAAGUUUAUUAUCAUGAAAUUGCAAUAAUGUAUUUAAAUAUAAAUAGGUGUUUUAGUUAAAAUCAACCUGUGAGUUAAUAAUUAUGACUUUUUUCUUAAAUAUUUGAUUUUUUCAGUACCCAGCUAGUUUUUAUAUAACAUCCUUAUUGUAAACAUUUGCUGUGUCUAUUAUCUGUUUUAGAUAAAACUAGUAGUCCCGACGGUGUAUCUAAGUUAUUUGUUUUGCAUCAUUAAUAGAUUGUUAUUAUUUUUUUCCUAAGUCAUUAAUAAAAUUAUUGUAAUAGGAUCUUGGAUUAUAGUGAUAAUUCAAUGAUGUGGUAUAGCGGUAGUUAAUGGGGCUAGAAUUUAUUAUUAAAAAAAAAUUAAAAAUUUAGAUUUUCCGAAGUAUUUAACAUAAUAUAUUA